GUCAUUCCGUCGUGCACUGUCGAGGUAAUUUUUUAUUCGCGUAAAAAGUGCCCAUUGAUUACGGAUGUUGGCUUUGUAAAUUUCAGUGUUUCGGAAUUACAUUGUUGGUCGUGUGGUCGCGGUAUCUAUUCGGGAAGAUAAGUGCAAUCAAGGAUUAAGGGCGACAUGCUGUGAAAAGUAUUGGGAUUCCGAGUGCGGUCCGUGAUUUCCGGAGGUUUGGUUCCGUGCGCGGUGAAGGCUUGAACUGCGGCGAUAGUUGAAGAUACGCUGUGAAGGAAAAUUUGGAGCAAGUGCUGUGCACUGAACACUCACAGGUCGCCGUAGACACACCAAGGCCGACCCGUGGAGCAUUGCUUCAGAUGUCGAGCGAAGAUUCGGACGGAGCGAUUGCGGCUGCAGAUUGUGACCUCUUUGGUAGUGCUGUGAAAGUUAGUUAAAGUACUAAAUCAGCGCAAGAAGAUUCUGUGUUUUGCCCGAGGGCCAAUAAUAUAAAUUUCGCGUGAUUGUGUAUGUGCUCGACAAAGAAGCUCUAGUGAGAGUGUGCCCGCUUCCUCCCCCCAUCCGAUCGGGCGCGUGUGAGUGUGAUCUGAAAGCUGGAGGAGCAGCGCUGGGGUUUGCGAGCUCCAAAAUCAUUCAGAAACGUCGCUCAGUCAGCGGAUCAACGACGUCGCAGAAGACGACGGCAAAGACGGUGGUGCAGCAACAGCAGCAACAGUGGAGGAAACCGAAAAGUGCGGACAAGAUGAGCCAAGCGGUGUCCAGAAAUAGAUUCGAGAAAGCCUACAUAAUACCGGAAGAUGAGAUAUCGAAGAAGCUGCCGAAGGAGAUACUUCUGCGAAUAUUAUCCUAUCUUGACGUGACCUCACUAUGCCGGUGCGGACAGGUAUCCCGCUACUGGAAUAUCUUGGCACUGGAUGGGUCCAACUGGCAGAAAAUCAACCUGUUCGACUUUCAACGGGACAUAGAGGGUCCCGUGAUCGAGAACAUCUCGCUGCGGUGCGGCGGUUUCCUGAAGUAUCUCUGCCUGCGGGGCUGCCAGUCGGUGGGCAGCCAGUCGAUCCGUACCCUCGCUCAAUACUGCCACAACAUUGAACACCUGGAUCUGGCCGAGUGCAAGAAGAUCACCGACGUUGCCAUACAGCCCCUCAGCAAGUACUGCGCCAAGCUAACCGCCAUCAACCUCGAGUCCUGCUCGCAGAUCACCGACUGCAGCCUGAAGGCCCUCUCGGACGGGUGUCCGAACUUGGCCGAAAUCAACGUUUCCUGGUGUAAUCUGAUCACGGAGAACGGCGUCGAGGCAAUAGCGAGGGGUUGCCACAAAGUUAAAAAGUUUAGUAGUAAAGGAUGCAAACAGGUGAACGACCGAGCCGUGAUCGCGCUGGCGCUGUUCUGUCCCAACAUCGAAGUGUUGAACCUUCACAGUUGUGAUAGCAUAACGGACGCGUCCGUGUCGAAGAUUGCGGAAAAGUGCAUCAACCUGAGGCAGCUGUGCGUGUCCAAGUGCUGCGAACUGACCGACCAAACGCUGAUUGCGCUGGCCACCUACAACCACUAUCUGAACACGCUCGAAGUGGCCGGCUGCACCCAGUUUACGGACUCGGGGUUCAUCGCGCUGGCGAAGAACUGCAAGUUUUUGGAACGGAUGGAUCUGGAAGAGUGUAGCUUGAUUACCGAUGCUACGCUAUCGAAUUUAGCCGUAGGAUGUCCUAGCUUAGAAAAAUUGACGCUGUCCCACUGCGAGCUGAUCACCGACGAGGGCAUCCGGCAGCUAGCCGCCGGCGGCUGCGCCGCCGAAAGCUUAUCCGUCCUGGAGCUGGACAACUGUCCGCUGAUCACCGACGCGACCCUCGAACAUCUGAUAUCCUGUCACAACCUGCAGCGGAUAGAGCUGUACGACUGCCAACUAAUCUCGCGGAACGCCAUCCGUCGACUGAGGAAUCACCUCCCCAACAUUAAGGUACACGCGUACUUUGCCCCAGUGACACCGCCACCGACCACCAACGGACCACGACCCAGGUAUUGUCGAUGUUGUGAGAUUCUCUGAGAUCAGGCGAUCGGCUUAGCCAGGAAGGUUCUCUGUAGGAGUAGAGAUGACUGAUAUUUAUACUUAUAAUCUUAAUAAAUAAACGAGAAAACGCGAAACAUUUUGUGUAAGAAACCCACAGCGCUAACAUAAACAGAACAUGAGAGUAUCCUUCAUUAUUCAGGAUAGCAGCAAAAUAAUAACACGAUAUUUAAAAAGCAAACCAACUGAACGAUAAAAAAAUAACCUAUUUGAAACCAUUCGUCACUGUGUGUCUGUGUCUGUAUGUACGUUUUGCCGAACAAAGAACAAUUACAUUUCCAAAGCGCGCCCGCUGAAUCAACCUUCACUCCCACACUCAUACGUGUACAAAAGCACCACACGAAACUGCUUGCAGCACACACUAAACACACAUCCACAUCCGAGAAAACAGAACUCGCAGAACAAUAUCAACCAGUGCGCGUCGCGUAGAUAAUAAAAAACCGUAGUUUUCAAAACUCAACUAUUUUAGAAAACAAGAAAAUCACAAACUUUUGAACCUUGCGAACAGUUUCUCUAAAAAAAAAAUCAAAUCAAAUCUCUUCAGACACGCGUUAGGAUUCAAAAAUUUACUAAAUUUAAAACGGUUACAGAAAUAAUAACAAAAACAACAGUAAUACAUAAACAACCAUGUGUUCAAUUAGAAAACGAAGGUGAAUUAAAACAAACACAGCAAAAGCGCAUCCCAAAAACACGUUGCUAAAGUGGUCGAAUUAGCUGGAAUUUUGCAUUUUAGCUAUUUGUUGUGAGCGCGCGGGCAACCAGGCAAGUCAGAACUUCAAGAAAAAUACACUAAGCUUAUAAAAAACAUUGAAAUAGAGAACAGAAAAAAACGCAUUCAAGCGACAAGUAGUUAAAGUUGACAACGGUACAGUAGCGCGUAAAAUUACAAACAGAUAAAAGCAAAACAACCAUCAAAUCGUUUAAACAAAUAAAAAAAAUCAUUAAAUGCAGGAAAAAAAAUCAUUAAAUUUGAUCAAGAGCGAAAACACAAUAAAUUCUAGACGUAAUGACAUUAGACGUAAUACAAAAAAAAACAUUAUUAUUAAUCGAAUCAAAAUAAGCGAAUGCUUGGAACAGACUGCGAUGUGCCGUAGAGAGUGUGAAAAUGGUGUGUUUUGCACGGACCGUUGAACAGAUGUACGCGUGGGAAUGUGAUAGAAAUGACGACGAACCAAUGCCGGAAUGCGUACUGACUGACUGACUGAUUGACUGAAGAGAGAGGGGCCACGAGCGAGCGAGCGAUCGAGAGUAGAACUCACUUUGGAGAAGGGAAAAGAGAUGUGUUUUAUUGAAAUUGAGGCAAGAGUGUGAUGGCGAAGGAGCGAAAGAAGGAGCUAAUUUGAUUGUGAUCUAUACAUAUAAACAUCAUAAUUAUAUUUACGAUGAUACGGCGUAAGGAAGAGAAAAAAAACACUAGAAAAUAAAAUAAUAAAAACAAAGUUUUACAUAUAAAUAUGGAAA